CUCAGUUGGCAUUAGAACGUACAACAAGAAACAUCACCAUGGCCGAUCUUUCCAAGGACGAUCUUCGUAAAGAAAUCACCGCUAUUCUUAAGGAUGCGGACCUCACAACUAUGUCAGCCAAAAAAGUGAGGCAACAAAUUGAAGAGAAACUGGACGUUGACCUUUCAGAAAGGAAAAAGGAAGUGGACGAUCUCGUAAUGGAGUGUCUGCAAGAGAAACAAGACGGAGGAAAGAAAAAGAAGAAGGCUGCCAGUGAAGAGUCUGAGGAUGGCGAAGAGGAGGAGGAGGAAGAAGCUUCCGAAGAAGAGGAAGAGGAGGAGAAGAAACCCGCGAAACGAGGACCUCCCAAGAAAGCAGCAGCGCCAGCCAGCAAACGCAGCAAGAAGGCCUCAUCCGACGACGAAGAAAGUGCGAGUGAUGAAGACGCCAGCGACGAGGAGUACAGUCCCAAGAAGGGAAAACCAACUCCCAAAAAGGGAAAGGCGGCCAAGGGUAAGGGCAAGAAGAAGGGCAGCGAUAGCGACAGUGACGAGGAUUGGGGAAAGAAUAAGAAAUCGGGUGGUGGUGCGAAAAAGGGUGGCGCUAAGGGCAAGGGUGGUGGUGGAUACACACGUCCCAUCACGCUAUCCCCAGAAUUGGCUGCCAUUGUCGGCGCCGAAGAAAUGGCCAGACAUGAGGUUGUCAAGAAAGUCUGGAGCAUCAUCAAGGAGAGAAAUCUCUACGACCCGAAGAAUAAGCAGUUUGCCAUCUGCGACGAUGAGCUGAUGAAGGUUAUCGGCGUCAAGCGCUUCAGGACUUUCGGUAUGAUGAAAUACCUCAAAAAUCACUUUGUCGACUAAGUAGUUGAACUUCAGUCACCCACAAGUUGUACGUUGCUACGCUUUAUUUUCCGCUCUGCAAGACCAUCUGCACUAUACCAUCUCGCGGUUAAAAUCCACUAACACAUCUACUACACCUCUUGCAAGUUUCGACGAAAAUCCGUUUUGCGCGAUUGCGAUUGCAAUUGGGAUUUUCCGAUUGCAAAGAAAAAAAAAACAAGUCGCGCCGACAAAAGAAACGGACCUGCGUUGGCCAAUAGUCAGUAGGUUUUGUGUUGUCAUAUUCCGACCGACUUUUUUUUUUUUUUUUUUUAAUCAUUCUGGUCUUUUUACAAACUUCAGCCAGUUGUUUCCUUUCUUUGAAAUCAUCCAAAUCCGAAGCGUUUUCCGGAUUUGGGAAAUUUCCAUCACCUUCUUUAUUAAACGUUUAUCGGUAACGUUGAACAUUCUGUACAAAUAAGUUUUUUGUUUCGAGUUUGAGACUGAAUUCGACACACUUUUUAAGAUCCGACUUUGAGCAAGGUUUUUUUUUUUUAAGAAAAAAAAACUUUGAUUAUUUUUAUAAAAGUUUCCAGACAAAGGAGUACACUUAACGUAUAUAUGAAAGACAAGUUUCGAGAAAAAUGAUAGGGAAAGCGGAAGCAUGUUAAAACACAUAUACAUACAUACACACACGCAUGAAGAAGGAAAAGAAACAAUCCCGUAUCUCUUUUGUAUAAUAGUUAUACAGUGGCACACUGAAAUUACGACUAAGCGAGGUUUAAUUGUAUUAACAUGUAAUUAAUAAUUAUUGUCGUGAAGUAGGGUUUUUUUUUCGGUGUAAAAAUUUACCUAAUUAAGGCUUAGUGCUGGUGUAAUUUUUUUUUUUUUUCGAUAAAAGCGAGUCACGAGAUGCGAAUCGGUCCGCAUUUCGAAGUGUGUUUUUGGGGAUAUAAAUUUCACUAUAGCUGGCCUAAAUUACGAUAAUUGUCACUUGCAUGAAUCAAAAAGCAGUGACGAAAUUCCAAGUGUGGCUCAGGUCCUUUAACCCUUUGUCAAGCUAGAUUCUAAUUUUAAUAUCGCUUCUAUUUUAUAUUUGAAGCUUAUUUCGAAUAUUUCGAAUGAGUGUUGAGUCGGAAACGUGAGAAAUCUUUCGAUGAAGGGUUAUAGGUUGAGAGAGAUUAAUGUUUCUACAGAAAAAAAAAUAAAUAAAAAUGAGACAGAAAAUUAAUUGCCGGAAGCAAUUGUGUUUCGUAAAAACACUUGGGCGAGUCAUUGAUGCAGUUAUUUGCUUUGAUUUUAAUUGAAUAUAAUUUUAUAUGUGAAUUUUUUUCGACUAAGAAUCCAUAUGACGGGAGAAAUAGCCACUUUUUAGUAAUAAACAUGUCUAUGUUUUCUAUAUGACAGAAUAAUGCAUUAUAUAAAUACAAACCUGGAUAAUUGUUCCACGAGUGUACUUGAUUUUUUUUGUGUCUGAUUAAAAAAAGUUGCUUUCA